UGCGAAAGAUGCAGCAGCCACAGCUGGGUCCGUCGUCUGCAUUUUUGUUUUACUAAUUUGUUUAUUAACAAAACCGCACGACGUCAGUUUUUAAUAUUUUCGUGCUUUUCGUGGUUUAAUGGGAAGCUUCAUCUCUGUCAGCUUCAAACACAAUAUUUUCAUUCUAAGCCUCUCCUCUCUUGAUUGGACCGGUGAGUUAGGUUAAGGAUACUUCUACCACUCAGAACACUUUGAAGAUGGACCGAGCUUCGACAAAGGAUUUGCCUCGUGGGGCGGUGGUGAUGAAUAGAUCGGAAGCAAUAGAAUACAUCUGGUCCCAAAUUUCCAAACACAAACCAGAGAAAGAAGUGAUUGCUCUUAAGUAUGGUUCCCUUAUAGCAGGAGGAUUUGCUUCCCUCUCAGGGUUUGCGAUGCUACGACAUUUUCGAUCUUCAUUAGGAUUGCGAAAGGAGGCAUCGAUUUCAUCCAACUUAUUCUGCCUAUUUCUCCCCUGUAUGGGUACCUUCAUUUAUCAUUUUUUGUUUGUGACCCCACCUAUCCUUCUCCAAGAAAAGUAUUGCAAUGUUUGCCUUCAACUCAAAUCUGUUGCCAUACAAACUUCUGUUGGUUUUUUAUGGCCUUGGGGGCUAGCAGCAAUGUCUUCAAGCAUGACUGCUACAAAAUUAGGUGUUAACAUGCCUACCUUGAUGCAACCAAUUGAAUUGAUGAAGAUGAGCAAUUUUUUAGCCCAGCAGGGUAAAGGACCUGCCAUUUUCACUGGGCUGUUAGUUUGUAAUACAUUAGGGGCAGUUCUUCUCGUCAGUGCUGAAGAAUCACAAAUUUUAACUUUUAGAAGGCGAAUACAGAUGAGACGAGUGUUGGAUCAAGAAUAAAAUUAUCAAGUUAAGGUAGUGAAGAUUUGUAAGAAGGUACUUUGUAGAACAUCCCAAAAUUACAAUUGUUCUACAAAACUUACCAAAAGUACAGGUUCGUCAAGUAAUAGUCACAUCCCACACUGAAAAUGUCCACCAUUCCCCCAUAAUUUAAUGAUUAACUUUCACUCUUUGCAG